AAGUAAUUUCUCACCAUACGUUAAGAUGGAGAAGCGCCAGAGGGAGCUGGAGUCCCUGGUCAGCACACAGAAAGAGCAGCUUAUUCGCUACGAGAAGCGACUCAAAGAUGUGGUUACGGCCUACAAGGGUCUGAUAAAGGAAAAGGAAGCCCUGGAGACGAGUUUGGCUGCCCAUGCAGAGGCCACAAGUGCAGGAUCUCCCGCCAAGGAUGCGGAUCCUGCAAAUGUAAAUGGCACCGCCAGUACAGACUCCACCGAUGGGGCAGAGGGUGCUUCUCCCUCGGCUGAGGGACAGCUGCAAACUCAGAUCAUCACGUUGAUGAACUCGCUGGCCACCCUGUCGGCGGAAAAGUCUCGAAUGGAAGCCUCCUUCCAGGCGGACAAGAAGCAGCUGCGCAGCCAGAUUGCCCAAAAGGAGCAGAGCAUACAGGAGCUGCAUGCCAAGGCCAAGGAACAGGCCGCCAAGGCCAAGAGCGAUGUCGAUGAGGUCAAAGCCAGGUGGAUCAUAGAGCGGCAAGAGCGCGAAAAGGAGACCAAUAACCAAAUGCUGAUGAUUCGCGAGCUCCAGAAGCUCUACGCAGACGAAAGGCACCUCAAGGACAACAUCGAGAUGCAGCUGAACAACUUUAAGACGCAGUUCGCCAGCAACGAGGCCGAGAACAGUCGCCUUCGCGAUCUGCAGGCGCAGCUCAAGGAGGCCAAGAAUCAGCUAAGGCAAUUUCAGGCCAAGGCCGAACAUGCAGCCGUUGCCAACAACACGGAUAACGCCUCCCUGCUGCACCAGGUGCGCCAGGAGAUGCAGCAACUGAAGGAACAGCAUGCGGUGGCCAUUAACCAGGAGCAGCGGAGGGUUCUGCGGGCCGAGGAGCAGAGCCGCAAACAGGCGGCUCUACACGAAGGUCGUGUGGCCAAUUUGGAGGCACGCCUUGCCGAGCUGAGCACCACUGUGGGCAGCUAUGACCGACUGCGUCAGCAGGAUCAAGACAGCAUCCAUGCACUCAAGCAGCAGCUGCAGGACUUAGAGCAGGCCCAAUCCCGCCCGGCCCCCCCUCUGAGGGCUCUCAGUGAUGAUGUGGAUACUGCCACAUUGGUGGAUGAAAUCGUACGCCUGAAGAAGCUGCUCACCACUGCCAAUGCCCGCUCUACCAAUCCGAUCGAUCUCAAUGAGAUUCUCUCCCUGGGCACCCAUGCAACGUCGUCGUCAUCGUCCGAAAGUCAUGUGCAAUGCGAGCAGCAGCUCCACGGUGUACAGAAAAUGCUGGAGGCUGGCAAACAGCAGCGCCAGCUGCUCGAACAAAAAAUCCAGCUGCAACAGUCGCACAUCCAGACGCUGCAGGAGAAGGUGCAAGUGCUCAACCGAAACAUUGACGAGUCGGAGCAGGAGCUCAAGCAGCAGGGGGACAAGCUGAGGCAGGCCCUGAAGAACGAGCGCACCAAAUGGCAGGAGGCCAAGGCAGAGCUCGAGAACGAGACGCGCUGCAAGCUCAACGAGCUGGAGCAGCUGCUGCAGAAGCAACGACAGAGAUCCCUGCAGCUUCUCGACGAGAAGGAGCAGGAGAUCAAGACGCUGCAGACCUCAUUUGAGGUAUUUCAUACAGCCGGUGGUAGCGGCGCCUGCAGUGCUCUGCCCGCUCUCUCUCUAGACACGGCUGCCGAGUCCUAUAACUACUCCUCCGAUGGCGACAGCGUGGAGGUGGAGAGCGAGCAACGGGAACGCGAUCGCAGGCUGCAGGUGAAAUCCAAGAAAUUAUCCCUAGGCGAGAACUGCCACAUGCUGCACUAUGCCAACGAGCUGGCCCGCAAGGACAUCGAAAUCACAGCGCUCCGAAAGGGCAAAUAUUCUGCGGAAUCCACGCUGCGAAAGGCCAUACAGGAUAAGGUGACUUCGCAGCAGGAGAUGCAUGAGAAGAUUGAAUGCCUGGAGGAGCAGGUGGACAGACUCGAACGUUGCAAGACACGCGAGGGCGCCAAUCUGGAGUAUCUGAAGAACGUCAUCAUCAGCUACAUUGUGACGAAGGAUGCCGAUGGCAAGCGGCACAUGCUGAAUGCCAUCUCGGCGGUGCUACAGUUCACCGGCACCGAGAUGCAGGCCAUCAAUGCUGCAUUCCAAAAGAAAUAACAUUCGUAAUUGUACAACAGAAAAGUUCAUUAUUAAACCACAAAUUUAGCUAAAGCCA